AUAAGCGGAGAGUGGUGACCAAAAAAAAAAAAAAAAACAAUAAGCGGAGAGUAAUGGAGGCGAUUAAUCAGAGGUAGCAGUCAAAUCAAAUCGUCGUCUCAUCACAAUCAUCUCGCAAUCGUCUUCUUCGUCGGCACCUACUUCGUCCUUUGUCCUUCUCGCCUCCUCCUCCUUUAUUUGAUCUUAUCUCUCUGUCUAUACCGUGUCUGAGUGAGUUACAUAACCUCCCUCUUCCGUCAACGAUCGUUCCCUUGGCUUUCUCUUCCGUACUGUUCUCGCUUCUGAUCGAUCUCUGUCUUAUUCAAUGGCUGACAAAGAUGAUGCAGCUACGCGUGCUAAUGAUUGGGAAGUUGUUUCCCUUACUGCUUCUGCUUACGCUGCUUCUCCUGGUCCCAAACCUCUGGAUGGUGACAAGGAACUACUUCCUCCUUACGAUUCUCCUGAGACUUCUCAUCCUUUGUACAUGUCUCGCCACUUUGUUUUCCCACCUUCUGAUGAUCUUGCCACGGAUCCUACUAGUCGUGAGGAGCUUACCGAGGGUAGCAAGAAGUUGGAUUUUGGGUUCUCUCUGGAACAACAAACCGGCUCUACUGUCAAGGAAGAUGGGGGUUUGACUCUCAAGGGCUUGGAUUUAACUGAUGAUUUUGCAGGACUAGACUUUUCCCAGGAGAAAGGCAAAACCCAAGAUGACAACCUUUACAAGAUGACUUCUCUGGACGAUGCAAGAGCUAUCUCUGGGUAUGAACAGAUUGAACCUGUUCAAGAACCAACUGAGCCAACCACUCCAUCUGAUGUUUCAUCCGAUCUCAAUCCUACUAAAGAUGACAAGAAUGAUGUGGCAAACAACCCACCCUGCGAAGCCUGGUGGAAAAGAAGCGCUGCAUCUUUGAUUGCACAAGCUAAAGAAACCAACACAGUUUGGCCCAUCUUCGUAGCUGCAGCUGUGAUGGGAAUUGUGAUUCUUGGCCAACAUUGGCAACAAGAGAGGUGGCAGAUAUUGCAGCUCAAGUGGGAAUCAACCAUUGGAAACGAGAAAGCUGGAAGAUUGAUGGGGCCGAUUUCUCGACUGAAACAAGCGUUUGUCGGAGGACAGAGACGGGAUUCAUUCAUCCGAGCCAGCUCCUCUAACGACAGUUGAAACGAAGAUGGCACAAAAGGUGAUUUAGCUUUGAUGAUGACGAUAAGAAACAAGAGUAACUGUUUGGGGGUGGAAAAGACAUAAUGUAAUGGUAAAGAUCCUCUGGGGGUUUGAAUGUUUAGUGCUGUCAAGGGUUUGCGAGUAUGGUGGUUUGUACAUAUAUGCUUUAUUUCUUUGGUGUGAAAAGAAACUCAUUUACCCAUUUCGUAAUUUAGGAGGGAUUAUAAUGCUUCUAUGUGUUUAUACCAAAUGAACAUAUUCCAGUCU